UCGCUCACGACGCGACCUGCAGUGCACGGGGCGCCCUGUAUGAACCAACACUGUGCUAAAGAGCUGACAGCGGGCGCUCUAUUCUCGAACACCGGGGCGCUUUUAUGUCCUUGCUCGGCAGGUGGGCACUUUCACUUUUUACAUCGGAGUUUUGUUGUCUUUUCUUUUCAGUUUCUGAAAUCCCCGUACAGUUGUCACACACGGUGCAUGGAGAGUGACAGCGUAUUUCCGUCAGUGAUUGGAGUAGUGACCCUGGCCCUGUGAAACUGUUGUCGUAUGAAACUCGGUGUCAUCUUCACAAGGGGAAAAGGUAUAAGAUGUCGUCCGACCAUUGCAAUCUCACCUUCGCUGGCACGUCUUUCCUGGGUGUCUACAACAUCGGCUCGGCGGUGUGCAUGUUGGAUUACGGCAAGGAGGUGGUGCGUCACGUGCGGUCCUACGGCGGGACGUCAGCGGGGGCCAGCACGGCGUGCGUCAUGCUCAGCGCGCCGGAAAGACUCCCCCAAUAUCUGCAGUCGAUUUACGGCCUGGCAGCCUCGAUUUCAACGAUGCAAUAUGGCGCCGUGACCCCUGGCUAUGACCUCAUGAGCGACAUCCGGGAAAUCCUCCAAACCCACCUGAAGGAGGACGCUCACACGCGCUGCACAGGGCGCCUCCAUGUGCCCAUCAUGGAGUUAGUCUCCAUGACCCCUGACCCGAGGUCAAAGACGACCGCCAUCGUGCCGCGGCCGACCAAGAAACCCAACGCGCUGGAAUUUGGCGGGAAAACUUGGGCGUGCGGCGACAAGAAAGUGGUGACCAGUUUCAGCAGCCGGGAAGAACUGAUUGAGGUUCUUCUAGCCAGCAUGUAUGUGCCGUGGUUUAGUGACUGGAAAGCUCCGUCUUACCAAGGAAAGUUCUGGGUUGACGGAUCGCUCCUCAACACCAGCCCGGGCGGGAUCGAGGAUCUUCGAUUCCCAGCGGGCACGCUCAUCACCAUCUCCCCGAACAAACAGGCCGCGCACUCCCGCCCGCAGGACAACAUCACCUCCACCUGGAAGGACAUCAGCCACGAGCACUACGAGGCCUCGCCGUUCAACAUGUACAGGGUCCCUAUCAGCUCCGGCUCAUCCGGCGGCCUGGAGUUCGUCCUGAACCCGCCUCCCAGAGACGUGUUGGAGAAGCUGUACGACCAGGGCAAGCUGGAUGCGCGAGAGUUUCUGAAUAAGUACGGGGUGUACGAAGGGCCGGUGGCCGAUAAAAGACGAACUGAUGGGCUGAUUGGUUAGGGGGGGGGUAUCUGUUGUGUUUAAUUGAAUUGUGACUAUUGAUUGGUCCUGAUGUCUUAAACAAACCGUUUAAAUUUCAAACGGAAAUAUCAAACAAUAUUUUAAUACAACCAAAAGAAUAGAGUGUGGUCAGCGCCAAAAAAUACAGUCCUAGUUAAAGCCAAUUUUAAAGGAACGAAACAGACGUGCUCGUUGUCCAGAUCACAACUGAAGAAAAACCUCUUAUGAUGAAUUGAAAUUUGUUUCACUAAUCACUGCCGUGAUGUUGUAAAUAAGCAUUUUAAAUUGCAAGAGGAAAUGUCAAACAGUCAUGGGCGUCGCGGGGGGCGGGGCAAAAAAGAAAGAAAAAGAGGCGCGGAGUCAUAUUGCUAUUAAUUUAA